AUGGCAGAUUACAUCAUUGCAAGAGGUUUCGAUCCAACCACCACCAAUUUCGCACGUUACCUCAAAUAUCCCAUAGAAUCAGGCUGGUUUGAAGAACUGUGUGCUACAGGCCCCUCUGAAGCACCGAAUUUUGCAGAAAGCCCAUACAAGGAUGAUCAAGGUCAAUCUGCAAUCCAUGACUCAAUCUGGCCAGCAAUCACUAGCGCUGCUCCCCGCCAUCUCCUACUGUGGUUCUUUCUGAUUGUUUCUCUGGCAGCGGUGAUCCAUUCAAUUCUGGCCUGCAAUUACGCACAAUUCACAUACAUGUCUCAUUAG